UCUUUCGCGCGACGGAAGAGUGAUUUUAAAAUGGGUGACGUUGAGAAGGGCAAGAAGAUUUUUGUUCAGAAGUGUGCGCAGUGCCAUACCGUCGAAAAGGGAGGCGAGCACAAGACUGGGCCAAGUCUCCAUGGUCUGUUUGGGCGAAAGACAGGUCAGGCACCGGGAUUUUCUUACACAGACGCCAACAAGAACAAAGGGAUCACCUGGGGAGAGGCUGCACUGAUGGAGUGUUGGGAGAAGCCCAAGAAGUGCAUCCCUGGAACAAAAAUGAUCUUUGCUGGCAUUAAGAAGAGUUCAGAAAGGGCAGAUUUGAUAGCUUAUCUCAUAAAAGCUACUAAUGAGUAAUAGUUGGCCACUGCCUUAUUUAUUACAAAUGUCUCAGGACUUUUUUAUGUAUACCAUAUUUAAAUUGAUCUCAAACA